AUGUCCAUGACCCGCAUGCUCGCGUCGCGCGCACUCGCGCGCACCGCCCGCCCCACCGCCGUCGCCGUCGCCGCUAGGCAGGGGCAGCGCGCUGUCGCCAUCCGCUUCAUGAGCCAGAGCGCGGCCAAGGCCGCCGACGAGGCGGCGUGGACCGAAACCAACGAGACCGAGUCCCAGGCCGACGUGCGCGCCGACGCCACGGCCCCCGGCAAGCCUGACAAGGAGCUCGUCAAGGAGACGGAGCGCGUCCUGCGCCGCAAGGACGAGCUCGCGCGCGCCGACGCCGCCAAGGGCGCGCACAACCCCACCGAGUCGGAGGCAGACAUCCGCGCGGACAACAGCUAG